AAUAAUAAUAAUCAUAAUCAUUAGAAGAAAGAAGAAAGCAAUGCAAUUUUGCAAAAGCAUGAAACAGCUCCACCAAAUUCACGCCCACACCAUCGCCACCGGCCUCCUCUUUCUCCAUCCAACUAGUCCCAUUUUAAGUAACAUCCUCCACACCUUCACCAUUAUUCUCAACCCCAAGUCCAACAACAACUCUAUAAGCUUAUUGAGUUAUGCACUCUCAAUCUUUUAUUCCAUUCCAAACCCAUCUACCUUCUGCUACAACAACAUCAUUAGAGCUCACACCCUCCUCUCUUCCCCUCUCUCAGCUCUGCUCCUCUUUGCUCGCAUGCGUCGCUUCUCUAUACCUCCUGACUUUCACACCUUCCCAUUUACUCUCAAGGCUUGCGUUCAACUUCAUGCCUUUCCCACUGCCAAAACCCUUCACUCCCAAGCUUUCAAGUUUGGCUUCGCUGCCAAUUUGUUUGUCCUGAAUUCCCUCAUUCACGUUUACUCAGUAUCCGACCGCAUUGAUGAUGCAUACCGGGUGUUCAAUGAGAGCUCUUACAGGGACGUUGUUUCUUACAAUGCAAUGAUUGAUGGCUUUGUCAAGGCUGGUGAAAUUUCACAAGCACAUCGGCUGUUUGACGAAAUGCCUGUAAGAGAUACCGUGUCAUGGGGCACCAUUAUAACUGGGUGUGCCCAGAUGAACCGAUGCAAAGAGGCCAUUGAUCUCUUCAACCACAUGCUGGCUUUAGAUUUCAAGCCUGAUAAUAUUGCAUUGGUUUCUGCUCUUUCUGCUUGUGCUCAGUUGGGGGAAUUGGAACAUGGCAAGACCAUUCAUAGCUACAUCAAACAAAAUAGGAUUCCUAUAGAUUCCUUCUUGUCCACUGGGUUGGUGGAUUUGUAUGCUAAGUGUGGCUGUAUGGAAACUGCCGGGGAGAUUUUUGAGUCUAGCCCGUAUAAGAAUUUGUUUACAUGGAAUGCCAUGCUUGUUGGGCUUGCAAUGCAUGGGCACGGCCAGCUAUUGUUGCACUACUUCUCUGGAAUGAUAGAAGCUGGAGUUAAACCGGACGGUGUGAGCUUCUUAGGAGUCUUGGUUGGGUGUAGCCAUGCAGGUCUAGUCCAUGAAGCCCAGAAGCUUUUUAAUGAGAUGGAAUCUGUCUAUGGGGUCCCUCGAGAACUCAAACACUAUGGGUGCAUGGCUGAUUUGCUCGGACGCUCUGGUUUUAUUGGGGAAGCAAUGGAAAUGAUAAAGAGUAUGCCAAUGGCGGGUGAUGUGUUUGUGUGGGGUGGGUUGCUGGGAGGAUGUAGGAUCUAUGGAGAUGUUGAGAUUGCAAAGAAAGCAGCUGAGCAUGUGAUGGAAUUGAAGCCUGAAGAUGGCGGGGUAUAUUCAGUCAUGGCUAACGUUUAUGCCAAUGCAGAGCUAUGGGAUGAUGUGGUUCAGAUUAGGAGGUCAAUGAGUGCUAAGAGGGUCAAGAAGAACGCUGGUUGUAGCUUUAUUAAGUUGAAUGGAAAUACCCAUGAAUUCAUUGCAGGGGAUAGCUUGCAUCCUCAGAGUAAUGUGAUAUAUUCUGUCUUAGAUGGAAUUGGAAAACAUCAGUUUGAAGUAUGUUAGCAUGUCACAUAGUGUGUGUGUACAACAUUUAUUGAUAAGGAAGGCACCAGCGGAUUCAAUUUGAUAUGCUAUCUUCUAGCCAAACCGACAUCCGUUUGGUAUGCUAGCCUCAAGCCAAACCAACAUGGAAAAUGCAAUUACUGGACAUUCAGCUGUGGGGCUUUUCCUUCCCUGGUGUACAAAUAGGCAAUGGGUACUAUUCUUUAGGUAGUCAGCUACUGUAAGUUAAGUUUUCCAAUUAAAUUCAGUAAUCCUAUAGAUAUUCCUGCUGGGUAUGAGGAGAGGUGGUUUCUUAAUGUCCAUGCAAUUGAUACUUGGGGAGUGGAAGAUAAGUUGGGAUGCACUGAAUGCAGGUGUGAUCUAUUUAAUGUGUCAUGGGAUGAAUAUGGCUGGCCCUUGAGGCUAGACUAUAUAAUAGGAGGUUUAUUAUGUUGCUAUGAUCAUACACAAUGCAGAGUGAGAGAAGUCUCUGAGGGUGACAGAGAAACCUUUACCUGAGAUAUAUGGUGAAGUGGAUUGAUUGGGAUGAAUUUAUUGUGCCCAUCAAGAUUUAUAUAUUUGAUGUCACUGAUACUUGGAAAAGGUUGGACAAUUCAACAGGACAAAAUUCAGAACACAAAUGCCACGUUGAGUAUGAAGUUGAGUAUUGUAGUGCAUCUGGUAUGGCUGAUAAUGGGUGUACUGACAUCAAAAGGACCAGCGUCAGUCUGCCAACUGGUGGCUAUGUCAUCUACAGUAUGGCCCAUCAACAUUCGGGGGUAUUGGUUCCACUUUUUAUGGAGAGGAUGGGCAGGUUUUAUAUUCUUCAUUACCAACUUAUGGACAAAGGAAGGAAGCAGGAAAUGAGGCUGGUUAUAUCGUAGGAAUGUCCACUUGUUAUCCUCAACCAGGCUCUGUCAAGAUAAAUGAUAUGAGACUGAUUCUGGAAUCUAAUUACAGUAAUGCCCAAAGGCACACAAGAGUCAUGGGGCUCUUCUACAUUUUGGUUGCAGACUAAUUGCCAAAGCCCAUGAUUUCCCUAUGCGUGCCAAUUGCAAAGCUAGUUAAUCAGGGUUGGGAGUAGUAGCAGCUGUUGCUGCCAGAGUUUGCCAACUUGUGAAUGAGACAAAAUAUGAUUACCAGUAACUUGUGAUAUUGUUCCAUGAGAACUUUAUAUGCCUAUCCCCCAACUAAGAAAAAGGGAGAAUACUACCUGUGUAAUGUAUGUAGAAUCCACCACCUUUUAGAUAUAUAAACAUAAAUUUAAAAAUAAGUAAUGUAACCUUUGAAGCAGCGGUAUCAAGUUCUUGUU